CAGCAGGUGGCGCUGUGGCAUAACGUGGCAGCCGUUCUUUAGCGGAACCAGAUAACCGCUGCAUGCGAGACUUCCGCGUCCCGUAGAGCGCUUCAGGAACUGUUGAGGAACGGGGUGAAUUUAGGGAAAAUGGGUUUCGUUAAGGUGGUGAAAAAUAAAGCCUACUUCAAGAGAUAUGAAGUCAAAUUCAGGAGAAGGAGAGAGGGAAAAACCGACUUCUUCGCUCGCAAGCGCCUGGUUGUUCAGGAUAAGAACAAGUACAACACGCCCAAAUACCGACUGAUCGUCCGCCUCUCCAACAGAGACGUCUGCUGCCAGAUCGCCUACUCAAAGAUCGAGGGAGACCACAUCGUGAGCGCCGCUUACUCCCAUGAGCUGCCCAAAUACGGGAUCAACGUGGGCCUCACUAACUACGCCGCCGCCUACUGCACCGGCCUGCUGCUGGCCCGCAGGCUGCUGCACAAGUUCGGCAUGGAUCAGAUUUACGAAGGUCAGGUGGAGGUGACGGGAGACGAGUUUAACGUGGAGAGCGUGGACGGGCAGCCCGGCGCCUUCACCUGCUACCUGGAUGCAGGGCUGGCCAGGACCUCCACAGGAAACAAGGUGUUUGGGGCCCUGAAGGGGGCCGUGGACGGAGGGCUGGCCAUUCCUCACAGCUUGAAGCGUUUCCCUGGUUACGACUUGGAGAGCAAGGAGUUCAACGCCGAGGUGCACCGAAGGCACAUCAUGGGCAUGAACGUGGCCAACUACAUGUCCUACCUGAUGGAGGAGGACGAGGAGGCCUACAAGAAGCAGUUCUCUCGCUUCAUCAAGAACGGAGUGGCACCAGACACGGUAGAAGAAAUGUAUAAGAAAGCACACGCCGCCAUCAGAGCGAAUCCCGUACUUGAAAAGAAACCCAAAAGAGACGUCACAAAGAAGAGGUGGAACCGCGCCAAGUUGUCGCUGGCACAGAGGAAGAACCGCGUCGCCCAGAAAAAAGCCAGCUUCUUACGAGCACAAGAACAAGAAGCAGGGGACGGUUAGGGGCCGACAGGACGGGGCCCGUCCUCACAGACUAAUAAAUGUGUUCAAGUCCA